GUUCAAGCCAGAAUCAAGCAGAACUUUUUUUCUGUUUACAUUUUACUUUUAUGUUUGAAAAGGACGUGUAAAUAUUUUUGAAGUUACCGACAUGCCAAAGGUUGCAGUGGUUACAGGAAGCAACAAAGGAAUUGGUUUAGCUAUUGUUAGAGGUCUUUGUAAAAAAUUUGAUGGCGAUGUUUUGCUUACAGCUCGAAAUGAAGAACGUGGUAGAGCUGCUGUGCAAAAGCUGCAAAGUGAAGGCCUUAAUCCCAAAUUUCAUCUUUUAGACAUUUGUUGUUCAGAUAGUAUUAAGAUAUUAGCUGAAUAUUUAAAGAAGGAAUAUGGUGGAUUGGAUGUUCUUGUUAACAACGCUGCUAUUGCAUACAAAAAUGCAGAUACAGCGCCAUUUUCAGAGCAGGCUGAAAACACUAUCAAAGUCAACUUCUUUGCAACUUUAAGUGUUUGUCAUGAGUUGUUUCCAUUACUUAGACCUCAUGCAAGGGUUGUCAAUGUCACAAGUUCAUGCGGGAAAUUAUCAUUUAUUACCAGUAAUGAGUUGCGGCAAAAAUUUCUGUCGGAAUCUUUAACGGAAGAUGAAUUAUGCAAUCUUAUGAAUCAGUUUGUUGUUGAUGCUAAAUCUGAUACUCAUCAACAAAAUGGCUGGGGAAAUUCUGCAUAUUGUGUCUCAAAAAUAGGAGUAAAUGCCCUAACUUUCAUGCAGCAUCGAAAAUUUCUGGAAGAUCCUAGAGCAGAUAUUGUCAUAAAUGCAGUUCAUCCAGGAUAUGUUGAUACAGAUAUGUCAAGCCAUAAAGGUCCAUUAACUCCUGAUCAAGGUGCUGAAGCUCCUAUUUACUGCGCCCUUUUGCCUCAAAGUGCUGAAAUACCCAGAGGAAAAUUCAUUUGGAACGACAAGAAAGUUGCAGCUUGGCUUUGAAUGUUGAGGAACUUUUGUAUUUGAGGUAUGUUAUGAAAUGAAUAAACUAGUUGCAACAAGAUGAAUACAUUUGUCCAUUCUAAGUGCAAAAGAAUUACAAUUCUUCUACAUAAGUGGAUGGAAAUACUCCAACAACACCAUUAAGCUCUCCUUGCCAC